CCCGCCCCACCGGCCCUGGAGCCCCGCCUAGCGGCCGCCGGCGCAUCCAACCAUUGACCCGAGUGGACUGCUUGCCCCGCCUCGCCUCGCCUCCUGGCCGGCCCCCCGCAGACCCCCGGGAGGACCGGUCUCCCCGACUCUCCAGCGCUGGCCCCGAGCGUCUCUGCUGGAAUGCGGAGCGCCUCCCCCGCCUCUCGGGAAAGCCCCCGUCUGAAACCUGCGGCCGGAGGCGUAGGUUGCCGACCGGCCGCGCUGGAGACCCCCGCCCAGAGACCUCCGCGGGCCGGACUCCCCGAGAUCUUUUCUCGCCCAGACCGCUUACCUGGCGCGCGUUCACUGGCCCCCGUACGGGAGAGCAUGGCUGUGACCGCGGGAGCGCCCCUCGGUCCCGGCCCUCCACCCGGGUUGCUGCGCGCUCCGACCGCAGCGCCGCGCGGUUCUGGAGGACGCCGCUUCGGCAGCACCGUUCAGAGGGGUGACCGUAGAGACAGAAUGUGCUUCAUUCUCUGGAAAUAAAAGUUGCAAAGGAUAUGACCCCUGCCCUUGAGGAACCUGACCGUGUUCAUGGCAGGGCGUGUUAGGAACACCAGUCACGUUGGAUUAGGGCCCACCCUUAAGGCCUCAUUACAACCUACGGUCUCUUAGAAGACCCCGUCUCCACAUACGCUUACAUUCUGAGGUGCUGGGGGUUAGGACUUCGACCUAGGAAUCGCAGGGGACAGUCCAGCCCACGACCGAAGGCUUAAUGGAGGAAAUGGCCUUGAGCUGAGCUUUGAAGGGUGAGCCCGAGCAUGGAGGGGCUGCUGCACUACAUCAACCCAGCCCACGCCAUCUCUCUCCUGAGCGCCCUCAACGAGGAGCGCCUCAGAGGGCAGCUGUGCGACGUGCUCCUGAUCGUGGGGGACCAGAAGUUCCGCGCGCAUAAGAACGUCCUGGCCGCCAGCAGCGAGUACUUCCAGAGCUUGUUCACGAGUCAGGAGAACGGGUCACAGACUGUGUUCCAGCUGGACUUUUGUGAGCCAGAUGCUUUCGACAACGUGCUGAACUACAUCUAUUCUUCGUCUUUAUUUGUGGAGAAAGGCAGCCUUGCUGCUGUGCAGGAGCUAGGCUACAGCCUGGGCAUCUCCUUUCUGACCAACAUCGCUUCUAAGACGCCCCAGGCCCCCUUUCCAACGUGUCCCAACAGAAAGAAGCCCUUCACGGAAGACGAUGAGAACAGUUCUCAGAAGAGAAGCGUCAUCGUUUGUCAAAGUAGAAACGAGGCCCAGGGGAAAACCGUGAGUCAGAAUCCAGCCGACCUCAGCCACCCUCCUCGGCCCUCCCCCGGCAUCGCCGUCCAGGCCAACGCCAGUAAGGCCCCCGGUCCCAAGCCCACGGAGCCAGCGCACCACGUGGCAGCAGCUGAGAAGAGUCGGCCGAAAGAUGGCCCCGCGGGCCUCGCGAGGCCCCCCGAGCUCGCCGGGCCAUCGGAGGAGCCGAGCCGAGGCGGCCUGGCCAAGCGGGGCGCGGCGCCGCCUCCGAAGCCCCCGCAGGACCGGGGGGCCGCGGACGAGAGGCCGGGCGCCAGCACUCCGCUCCCCCGAGGCGUGGCCGUGGAGCUGGCACUGCGGAGCCCGCGGCCGCCCGUGCUGUCUCUGCGCGGCGCCCCGGAGACGCCCUUCCUGCUGAAGGAGGCGGGCCGGGGCGGCGGGCCGGGCGAGGACAGGAACCUGCUCUACUACUCCAGGCUGGGGCUGGUGAUCCCGGCCGGGGGGCCGGUGCCCGGGGGCCAGGGCGUGGACAGGAGCGGCCCGCUCGUCAAGAGCCUCCUCCGCCGCUCGCUGUCAAUGGACAGCCAGGUCCCCGUCUUCGCGCCCGCCGCCGACCUGCAGCCCCCGCAGGGCUCCUGCUCGGGCUCGGGCGACGCGGCGGGGAGCUCGCUCGGCGCCUUCUCUCAGGGGCCAUCCUCCAGGGACGCGAGCGAGGCGGCGGCCCCCGACGCCCGGGCCCCGGCCCCGCAGCCGCACCGCCUCCGGUCCUUCAGCGCGUCUCAGCCGGCGGAGCGGCCGGGGGCAGCCGCCGGGCCCGAGGUGCGGGUCAAGGCCGAGCCGCGCAGUCCCCCGGAGCCCGGCGACAUCAUCCGUGUCACAGUGGGGGACGCUGCGGCCACCACGAGGGACCUGGUCCCGCAGGCGGACGACGACCGGCAAGACGCAAGCCGACUCCCGGCCAAGAGGCGGUUCCAGGCGGACAGGAGGCUGCCGGCCAAGCAGCCGAAGGCCGAGGGCCGGGGCUCGCCGGGCGCGGGAGACCCCCGUGCGGAGCGUUCGAGCCCGCCUCUUCUCGAGGCCGACUUCCCGGGUUCUGACUUGAGCAAGGACGAAUUCGGCGAGCUGGAGGGUGCGAGACCAAACAAAAAAUUUAAAUGCAAACACUGCCUUAAGAUCUUUAGAUCCACGGCCGGCCUUCACCGGCACGUGAACAUGUACCACAACCCCGAGAAGCCCUACGCCUGCGACAUCUGUCACAAGCGCUUUCACACCAACUUCAAAGUGUGGACGCACUGCCAGACGCAGCACGGCAUCGUGAAGAACCCGUCCCCGGCCGCCAGCUCGCACGCCGUUUUGGACGAGAAAUUCCAGAGGAAGCUGAUCGACAUCGUGAGGGAGCGGGAGAUUAAGAAGGCCCUGAUCCUGAAGCUGCGGCGCGGCCGGCCCGGCUUCCAGGGCCCCGGCGGCUCCCCCGUGCAAGCCAUCAAGAGGAGCCUGCGGUCCCGGGCCAAGGGCGCGUACGUGUGCACGGCCUGCGGGAAGGCCUACCGCUUCCUCUCCCAGCUCAAGCAGCACGUGAAGAUGCACCCGGGAGAGAAGGCCCUCGGGGCCGGCAGGGCCACCAGGCCCAGGGAGCGCGCGGCGCCCGGGGGCCCGGCGGGCGGCGGCUCAGAGCUCUACCUGUGCCGCCUCUGUAACGCCAAGCUCUCUUCUCUUCUAGAGCAGGGGAGCCACGAGCGCCUGUGCCGCACGGCCACCGUGUGCCCCUACUGCAGCCUCAGGUUCUUCUCGCCCGAGCUCAAGCGCGAACACGAGGGCAAGUGCGAGUACCGCAAGCUGACCUGCCUGGAGUGCAUGCGCACCUUCAAGUCGGCCUUCAGUAUCUGGCGGCACCAGGUGGAGGUGCACAACCAGAACAGCAUGGCCCCGGCCGCAGGCGCCUCCCCGCCCCGGCCCGACCUCAACGGUGAGGCCAGCGGCCCGACCCGGCCACAGGCCCUGCCCGAACCCGGCCGGGCCGACGCCGCCACAGCUGCCGCCGCCGCCGCCACCGCCGCCGCCGAAGACGACCCCGCGGGCGGCCGCGGCCCCGAGCCCGUGAACUUCGACCCGGAAGACGCGCCCUGCCUCCCCGAAGACCUCAGCCUCUCCAGGCCGCUGAAGGUCCAGGUCAAAGAGGAGCCGGCGGAGGGGGCCGAGGAGGAGGCGCCCGAGCCCGGCGCGGCCCCCAAGGACCUGUGGCCAUGCGAGAAGUGCGGCAAGACCUUCCCGGCGCCCAAGCAGCUGGAGCGGCACCAGGAGCUGCUGUGCUCCGUGAAGCCCUUCAUCUGCCACGUCUGCAACAAGGCUUUCCGCACCAACUUCCGGCUCUGGAGUCACUUCCAGUCCCACAUGGCUCAGGCCGCCGAGGACCCGGCGCACAGGGAGCCCGAGGUGGGCCCGGGCCCCACUGGCUCCCCAUCGCCGCCCCCUCUGCCCCCGCCGCUGCCCAAGAUCCAGCCCCUGGAGCCCGACAGCCCCACGGGCUUGCCCGAGAACCCGGCUCCCAGCGCCGACAAGCUCUUCGCGGCUCGGGAGUCAGACACGCUCUUCUACCACGCGCCACCCCUCUCGGCGAUCACGUUUAAAAGACAGUUUAUGUGCAAGCUCUGCCAUAGGACAUUCAAGACGGCGUUCAGUCUCUGGAGCCACGAGCAAACCCACAGCUAAAAGGCCGCCCGCCUCGCUCUUGGGAGACCGGAGCCCCUCGCCGGAUUUCAGCCUGUGCCGUGAGCUGUGUCAUAAGGAACAAAACAUCUUUCCGAAAGGAGUAAUAAAGGUUGCGAACUGUCAUGCUUGAAUAUAAGUUUGAGGGAAACUGAUGUUAAUCAGCAAUGUCCUUACUCAACCUAGAAAAACUCCAAAACACCUUGUGCUUCUGGACCUACGGUCAUAGGAUGGCUUGACUUCGUUACUGUUGAAAUUUGUUUUUGGUCGUGUGCAUGGUUCCUCAUUCCAUGGUAUCAGUAUAAUCUUUUACUUGAGGUGGUUUGGGUUUUUUUUGUUUUUACUGAUUUGCAAUUAGUGAAACACUGUUCAAGUAUUUCUUCUUUUGAUUCUCUUAAGACGCCUAAGUUCUGGUUAAAUCUCAGCCGUGUUUGUAAGUCCAAAACGUAUCGGAUCGAAGUGGAGUAGUUUGCAGUAUUAAGAUCUUAGAAUACUUCAGCAAUAAAAAAUGAUAAACCUCAACUUUAAUAAGUUAUCCUGACACUUGAUAAAAAUAAAUAUUUGGUAUUUUGUGGUCAUUGAGAACUUUUUUUUGUAUGAAAAUUGUGAGAUAUAAAUCAGCAAUAGUAACACUUAGAUUUUUAUAAAAUAACAAAAACUUGCUCUUGGGUCAUUUCAUAUAAUUAGUGAUGGAAGACUUGGGAAAUGAAAACAUUAAGAUUUCUGGAAGCCCUCCACGUCGGUUUCCAAAGCUUCGGGAGUGGCGGGCAUGGUAAUCAAACGUGCUCCGUCACGGCUCUGAAUUCAGACCAGCAUCGAGGGGCUGUGCGUGUUUGCUUUCCUCUGGUUUGCGCUGUCACAAAUGGAAACUCUCAGUGUAUUGGGGACAGAGAACAAAGAUAGCAUAUGGCACAAAUUUUGAAUUUAACAACAUUAGUGUAACAAGGUCAGGACAUAUAUUUACAUAGAUCCCAAGCCUCCGGAGUGAGUACAGCUGCUCUAAAUCCCAAAUUACCGUUUACUCUCAGACACUUGAAGCAGAGGGAGAAGCCACACUGCAGUCUCCACAUGCUUUUCAAGAACAAUAUAUACAAUAAUCAGCUUUCCUGCCUCUCUGUCUUGUGAUUUCUGGUAGAAUUUUUUGGAGUUGAUGGUGGUAAGAUGUCCACAGUGAGACCAUUCUGCUUUAAGUCACUGCUUAAUAUUCCAUAAAUAUAUAUUAAAGUACUAUCAAGGGUCCAAAAUUAGUGUUUGCUACUUAUUUUGGCCCAUGGGGCUUGGGCUUCUUUUCUUUUUUAUUGUUUUGUGUAAGUUGUAAUUCAAAGCCUUUCGGUGGGUGUAAUCCAAAGUUCAGUGGGGCGUUUCAAAAGGAAAAGUUUAUUUCAUUGGCAGGGGUGGGGAGGCGAGCUGUAUAAAAGUAAAAAUAUUGUUGAAACCCCAAAAUUCUUUCAAGGUAAUGAUGGAUUAAGCCUCCAGGUUUAUUAAUUUUUUUGCAAGCUGUUCUUUCAGAUAAGAAAGUCAACUACUGUGACUAAGGAUUAAUCUGCUGAGUGCCUAAACUGGUGCUCUAGCAGCAGAGAAGUCUACUCACCAGUCUCGUAACCCGCAUUCCAUACCGACGGUAGGAAGGGGAUUCUUAUUUUUUAUUGAAACACAAGCAUUUUUAUAAAAUUUUAACUGACUUUGUACAUUGUAGAAAUUACAUACGAAAGUUUGCCUUUUAUUCUUUCAUUUGGAAACUAUCAAAAGUCCCCAACUAUGGUUACUUCCUAUUUUUGUUCUUAAAUUUGAUGGAGAAAGUAAAGUCAAAUCAAGUUGCAGUUAUUGAUUAUUGCCAUCUUUGUGUUGUCUUGAAGAAAUCUAUGCAUUUUAAAGACAAAACGAAAACUGAUUUUAUGUGAUGGAUUACUGUUCUUUGAAUUCACUGCCUGUAUAAUGUGGUAUUUCUUACUCUGAACGUCCUGGUAGCUAUCACUUCAAAACAAGCCGGUUUCCUUCAGAGUGAUCGUUACUUAUGGCUGUGGAAGGAUGGGUUGGUAAUUCCACGAUACAUGGGAUCCUGGCGUUGUAAAUUCAGGAUCCCAGGACUUGAACCUUUAUGCUACAUUUUUGAAGAUUUUUUAACAACGUUAAUGAAUAAAAAAUAUUUUUGAUCUAAAUAUAGGCUCUGCAUAUCUGUUAGAUUUUAAAAAUUGCCAGUGUUUGGUCUUGUUCACAUUUUUGUCUAGGCAAGGAGCAUAAGAUUUCAAAGAAAAUUUUGAACCAAAAACAUUUGUAAUGCAGUUCUGGUUUUUCUAUUACUUUUUAUACUGUACCUUAAAAGCAUCAGGCUGAAAGAGUUUAUUUUGGUGGUCAAAAAAUAGGCUUCCACUCAUUUAACUAUUUUAAAUGUUAAGAUGUAAAAUAAUGAAAGACACAUAAAUUGCUUUAUUCAGUAAAGUUUUGUUUAAGAAUGUUUAUCUCAGCCAGUAGGCAAAUACUGGGUAUAAGACAAGUUGGCCUUUUCUUGCUGAAACACGUUAGCUAGUAAAGAUACUCUUGAAGAUGUUUUUUCCUGAUUGUAAUUAAUUUUUGAGAAUGUAAAAAGCUCUUUAUUCCUUGUAAGUAUUCAGGAUGCCUGCUUUUUUAUGCAAUUGUGGAAAGAAUGUCAGAUGUUUUAAUAUAUUCUUUGUUAAUCGGAAAACUUGUUAUUGAAUCGUUUUCUUCAUUUGGGGGAGGGAGGAACACCACAGAAAGUGUGUUUUUAUCCAAGUAAGCAAUGGAGGUAACAAAUCGUGUGCAUUUUUUACAGGUAAAAUAUCUAAAGAGUAAUAGAAUAUUCACCUUUAAAACUAGUUGCGGUUAGUAUGCGUUUAUAAUUUUGUCAAAAUAUACAGCUGACAGUUCGACAGUGAUGUUGUCUGCAUUCGUAGGGAGGUGGAUGUGGCUCCUGGUUUUCUGUUUGGGAACAGAUCAUCAUGGCCUUCUCUUUAAAAAUAUGCCCCAGCACUUAAUCUCCGUGAUAGUCUGAUCCACACACAGCACCGAUUGGUGCUAAGAGUAGAAACUGAGACAAGAAUAAAAUGUGCCCUUUGGUGGAGAAAAGAGGUGUAAUCAGGCCAGCCGGACGGUCGGAUGAGGGAGGGACAGGAAUGGACUGAUCCAAGUCGGCCUUUGUUCCCUCAAACUGUGUGUGUGUGUGUGUGUGUGUGUGUGUGUGUAGGGAUGUGUGUGUGUGUAGGGAUGUGUGUGUGUGUAGGGAUGUGUGUGUGUACAGCCAAAAUCUGGAACUUUAGGAAGUAAAGUUAUUUUCAUUUUCUUACUGCAAAACUAAUGUCAUUCGUAACAGGUUUCUUUAUAAGUUGCACUAAUUAAUAUUGGAAUGUUACGAGUCAGUUUAUCAAUUUCUGAUGUGUCUGAUUUUUUUUGCAAUAAUUGUGAAAAGCAUUAUUGAUUUAAAUAAUGCUAGCACAUACUCUUUAAUAAGUUCUUUAACACUGGCUUUUUUUUUUAAGUUUUACAAGUAGGUUUUUCUCUUGUGGCUUUAGCACUUUAAGGAGCUUGACGUUCGCAUAGUUUUUGGUGUGCCCACUCAGCGCUUCCCGGCUGUGUGCACUAGGGUGCCCCGUUGCCACGUGACCGGGGAGAAAACUCACUGUCCGUGUUUAGAUUCUGGAAGAGAAAAAAUGAGUCAAUGUCAGGUUUUUAAAAAAUUCCAUUUAGAGACAGUCGUUUGGGAACCAAAGUAUUUUACUGUAAGUCUUUAAAACAGUUGAGUUCAGUGCUCUUUAGUCAUUUAUUAGUGCUGUCCAGAUUUUCCGCAAAGUUAUACUUGGUUAAUACUAAUUCUCAAAAGGUGAUAAUUUCUUAUCGACAUUAAUCCAAGGCAGUUUCAAAAUUUUCGUUGGAUGAAUGCUUAUUGCUAAAAGAAAAACACACGUGGCCGCUUUAUAACUGUGCGUAUUUCGUUGUCAUUACGCCUCAGCAGAGAAAUCAUUGUUCAAUUUUAUUUAGGAAUAAGCGUUUUUGGACUGAAAACUCAUAGUAAAAUAGGACUUGUACCUAAUGUUAAGCCAUUGCUUAUUUGUAUCCAAUUAUCUGUUUACUUUGCUUAAAUCUUGACUAAGGUUGAUUGGAGUCAAUAAAUUUGUACUGUAUUUUGUUUUGAA